AUGAAAUAUCUUGGAGUGGACAAUGAUCGGGAAAUCUUGCUUCCUCCUGUCACUUCUCCAAGGAGAUCACUUGUCGGAAUCUGGUGUAUGAGAAGGUAUAGGGAUACAUGGUCUACAUGGUCUAUAGCAUUCCACUCCGUGGAUCACAGUCAUGAGUUACCAUUGUUCUACCAUCGGACCCGGCUAUCUGGAGACCUGAAAGAUGGCGAUUGUUCCCUGAUUAUAAACAACAUCACACGGGGAGAUGCAGGAUAUUAUUUAUUCAGAAUAAAAUUUGACAAUGGUUCGAGCCAUAAGUAUUACCCUGUAACCCAGCUUCACGUUUCUGGAUCCAUUCUCUAUCUGCUGGAUUUCAUAGAUAAACCCACGAUAUUCCCUGCUGAAGUUAUUGCAGGAAAGCGUGUGGAUGUAAGCUGUACCUUCAACACAACGUGCAAUGGAACAGCAGCACCUGUCUUAAACUGGGACACUCCCACUGACGUACCUGGAUCAGUCUCAAACACUGUAACUCAGCAUGGUGUCACUCUGACCUAUACUUCUGUUCUGACCCUGAUCCCAUCACUCAAAUACCAUGGACACACUCUCAGCUGCAGAGUGAGAUAUCCAUCUGUUUCAUCGGAGCGGACCCUCGUACUUACUGUGCAAGGUAGAGACUCCAGUAAAUGGACAGUAGGAUUGCUCACGGCUGGGAUCAUGUUGAGUGUUUUCCUGGCUGGAAUCUUCAUCUUCAUCUGUGUGAGAAAGAGAAAGACAGCAACACAGGAGAGAGUUUCAGGGACCAGUGACAUUGCAUUGACCCCCAGUCCACUCUCUGUGAUGCGCCAGGGUAAACAGAACGUGCUGAUUACUGAGCCCCGGGACACAACCAGAGACACAACUAGUGAGGGGAAGACCCUAGCUCCCCGGGAUCUCUCUGAAGGUCCAGUGGGAGGCGAUGCUGGACAUGGGAACGCCGACAAUCCUGACGAGCUUCUCUACACCAACAUCAACUUUUCAAAGCUGCCCAGCGGUGACAGGGCUGUGCACAGGAGUGAGGACACGGAAUACGCACAGAUCAGGUUCCAGAAAAACUGA